AUGCCUGACGUGCAGCCAUGGCAUUCGUUACCGCCCGACCUAGUGGAGCUUCAGAUUGGCCAAAUCGAUCUUUUGAUGGCGAUGUACCCCGACGAGAUCGUUAUUGAAGAAGACUGCGAGCGGGAUCUCGAUGCUUUACGCAAAGCCAUUGAUAACAGCUCUAGUGUUGUCUCCAAUGGCGCGCAAAAGAUUGCAAUAACCCUUGACUUACCAAUCGCUACGUCUGGAGAAGAACCAUCAUGUCCCAAAACGUUGCGUUUAGACCUCAGUGUGCCAUUUGUUUACGAAGGCAACACACAACCGCAGGAUCCACCUGAGAUCAAAGUCCGAAUACAGCAACCAUCAUGGAUGAGCAGAGCAGCAACAGCCAAGAUCAUGUCACAAUCACCAGAAGGCGAGGAUCUACUAGGCGUCAUCGAGCAUAUCAAAGAAACAGCCGCGCAACAUCUCAUAAACUCCGAUAAGAAAGUGGACGAUGCUGAUGCCGUCACCACUGGUAAUGGGCCUCUUGUGCGAGUCUGGUUUUACUUUCCCUCCAUUAGCACACGCUCCAAACGCGAUGACUUCAUCAAGUACGCACCAUCCUACAAUCUCACUGGCUUUCUCUACGCUGGCAAACCAGGUCUUCUCUGCGUCGAAGGAGAUUCGCAAAGCAUCGAUGACUACAUGAAGUUCAUUAAGACGGAGAGCUGGGGCGAUAUUCCUGCGCACCACAAAAAGGUCAGCGAGCGGCAUCGGGAGAUUUGCGAUGAGAGGGUCUUCAAAGAAAUGACUGAGAUUACGGAUACAGUGGGUGAAAGGCGAGGCCAAAGAGCGAACAGAGGUGAUAUGAAAGCCGUUGAGGAGUGGCUUUUGGAAAGAGGUCUGGGUGAUGCGUUCACGAAGGUGCUCAUGUGA